ACAGUUUAGUAGACUCCCACCUCGACGCACUUGUGCUCAGAACUGAACAGGGUGCCAUCUUACCAAGAUGAAAGUGCUGUGGCUCACUGUGGUCCUUAUAAUUGGGAUCUCAAUUACACAUGCCGAAGAUAAGCAGGGUUGUGCAAAGCAGACAUCUGUCCCAGAAGCAGCAGACUCAGGGCAGCAACCACCCAAGCCCAAGAAGCCUUCUUGCAAGUUUAAACAGAAAAAUAGAAAUCAACAAACUUACUGGCCUGGAGCAAGAGUGUUAUUAACAGGACAAGAUAACAUUGAUGACAUCUUACAGCAAAAAUUGGCACACAAUCAGGUUAAACAGAAAUGGAGAAGACAUGACCACAGCGAUACUAUACCACUGAAUUCCAGCAUACCCAGUGAUUUUGCUGACGCUUUACGUCAUCGGAUUUUUGGUGGUCACGAUAUGUCUCAUCAUGCCAGCCAAAUGGAAAAUGAUCACAGCAACAAGUCCUGGUCUUGUAUCGACUGCCAUGCGACUCAUAAGGACAACAGUUCAGAGCAUCAUUCUGAACAUAACAAAGCUGUUCCUGAAGCCUGGAUGUGUCGCUGCUUCAAAGCACACAUUGCUGGAAAUGAAAGCCAUGAAGUUCCACACAAAGGCAAUUCCUCAAAGGCUGAUGAUACUAUCAAACACGAGGAGAAAGAAGAACACACAACUAUGCAGAUGUUGUGCCAUCAGUGCUCUCCACACAAUGAAAGUGACCACACAGUGGCUUCUUGUGGCAAGGUUAAUCAGCGGAGGAGAAGAAGAAACCUUGAUUAUGUAAUAACUCUAUCUGGAAAAAACUCCAUUAAACCAGCUUUCAUUGAGCAGCAGGAACAUCAUGGUAAAAAAGAGUGUAAAGAACACCGAAAGUCACCAAGCUGGACUUGCCAUAAAUGCAAUGAGAGGAAAGAGCAUAAAGAGGAGCAUAAAAAGGAGCAUAAAGAGGCCACAGAUGCACAUGAUGGCCAUCAUGAAAAGCAUGGAAAGCAUCAUUCACGGAACAGGAGGAAUGACAAACCUAAAAAUCCGAAGAAACCAAACAUCUGCAUAGGUUGUUACAGUGUGUUAGGGAAAAAUGAACCUCCGAAAAUUUACCUUGAAUAAUGGUGAAUUUUAACAUUUUUUUUUUUUCAAAAUUGCUCAGAAGAUAUUAAAAAUACCUUAGCCCAACUGCAAACUAUAUAUAUCUGAUAAUAAAAGUACACACAAUUAUUCAAUCUAACAGAGAUGGAAAUAAACGUAUUACAAGAACAUAAUGCAUUGUCACAGAUACAACCAAUUGUAGCUUCAUAGAUAAAGAGCAAUCAAAUGUUUAAUAGAAUUUUAUUGCACUGCAGUAUUUAUUAAUUAAUGUUUUUGUGUAUCUUGAUUUAUUGUGAAAUCAAAGGUUACCUGCACUGUGCCAGUUGCUACCAAGUACUCUGUAUGAUAUAAUAAAACAGGUUUGUGAACUCA